AUGGGCCAAGGCCAAGCUGACCUGGCUCUUCAAACUUUAAAGGAAUGUGCACGCAAUGGAGAAUGGCUGUGUUUAAAGAACCUGCAUCUUGUUACAUCUUGGCUUCCUGUAUUGGAAAAGGAACUGAAUACAUUACAGCCUCAACCAAACUUUCGCCUUUGGCUUACUACUGAAGUUCAUCCAAAAUUUACUCCAAUUUUGCUUCAAUCAAGCCUGAAAAUAACUUACGAAGCACCUCCAGGCCUCAAAAAGAAUCUGUUGCGAACCUAUGAAUCUUGGACACCAGAGCAAAUUAAUAAAGAAGGAAAUUUGUCUCGAGCACAUUCUCUCUUUUCUUUAGCAUGGUUUCAUGCUGUAUGCCAAGAAAGAAGAAAUUAUAUUCCUCAGGGUUGGACCAAGUUUUAUGAAUUUUCUUUAUCUGAUCUCCGUGCUGGUUUUGACAUUAUUGAUAGACUCUUUGAGGGUUCCAAAGAUUUUCAGUGGGAAUUUGUGCAUGGCUUGUUUGAAAAUGCAAUUUAUGGAGGCCGUGUAGAUAAUUACUUCGAUAUGAGAGUUCUUCGGUCCUACUUGGAGCAGCUUUUCAAUUCACGAGUCAUUGGCAGUUUAAAUGCAAGAGGCAGGAAGAUGACUAGUUUCCCAUAUUCGAUCUCUUUACCGAAUUCCUGCAGUAUUUUGGAUUAUCGUAAUAUUAUUGAAAGCCUUCCAGAAGAUGAUAAGCCUGACUUUUUUGGCCUGCCUGCUAAUAUUGCUCGUUCAUCACAACGUAUGAUCAGUUCCCAGGUCAUUUCACAGCUUCGGAUCCUGAGCCGGUCAAUAACUGCUGGCUGCAAAUUUGACAGAGAAAUAUGGUCUACUGAACUUUCUCCUGUUCUCAACCUAUGGAAGAAACUUAAUCAGAAUUCUAACCUCAUUCAUCAAAAGGUUUCUCCUCCUGUGGAGCAACAAGGAUCUCCAAUUUUGUCAUUCAUUACUCUGGAACAAUUCAGUGCCAUUCGCCUUGUGCAGAGUGUCCAUCAGUCACUUGCUUCUUUAAGUAAGGUCAUCAGAGGUACCUCAUUACUGAGUUCUGAAGUACAAAGACUAGCAAGUGCACUGCUAAAUCAGAAGUGUCCUGUCACAUGGCAAAGCAAGUGGGAAGGUCCAGAAGAUCCUUUACAGUAUCUUAGAAGUCUUGUAGCUCGAGCACUUGCUAUACAGAAUUGGUUAGAAAAAGCAGAGAAAGAGAAACUACUGUCAGACACUCUUGACCUUUCAGACCUAUUUCAUCCAGACACAUUUCUCAACGCCUUACGCCAGGAGACUGCAAGAGUAAUGAGCUGUUCAGUGGACAGCCUUAAAUUUACAGCAUCGUGGAAAGGGCGAAUACAGGAAGGCAAAAUCCAAGUUAAGAUCACUGGCUUACAACUGGAAGGUUGCAGUUUUGAUGGAAAUCGACUUUCAGAAAAUCUGCAUGAUUCUCCCAGUGUGUCAUCUGUUCUCCCUUGCUACAUGGCCUGGAUUCCACAGGAUGCAUAUGGCCCAUAUUCUCCAGAGGAAUGCAUAUCUUUACCAGUCUACACUAGCGCGGAGAGAGACCGUGUGGUGACAAAUAUUGAUGUACCUUGUGGAGGAAACCAAGACCAGUGGAUUCAAUGUGGCGCUGCUUUAUUUUUAAAAAAUCAGUAA